GCGCUUAUCUCAGAACAGCUCAUCCUCUAGAGAGAGAGAGAUUUCACGAUCGGAAACCCUAGGAGAGAGAAAAAUUAGUUAGAGAGCAAUGGCGGAAGCGAAUCCUGGCCGUGGAGGAGGAAGGAGAGGCGGCGGACCAAUGGACGACGACAAAUUAGUCUUCGAAACAACCGAAGGGAUCGAGCCCAUCACCAAUUUCAACGACAUGGGGAUCAAGGAAGACGUACUCCGCGGCGUCUACGAGUACGGCUUCGAGAAGCCCUCCGCGAUUCAGCAGAGAGCCGUCAUGCCUAUUCUCCAAGGCCGCGAUGUCAUCGCCCAAGCUCAGUCCGGUACCGGAAAAACCUCCAUGAUUGCUCUCUCCGUCUGCCAAAUCGUUGACACUUCCUCUAGAGAAGUUCAGGCGUUGAUAUUGUCUCCGACGAGGGAGCUGGCUUCGCAAACGGAGAAGACUAUUCAAGCUAUUGGGUUGCACGCUAAUAUUCAGGCGCAUGCGUGUAUUGGUGGGAAGAGCGUUGGAGAAGAUAUCAGGAAGCUGGAGAAUGGUGUCCAUGUUGUGUCUGGGACGCCUGGGCGUGUAUGUGAUAUGAUUAAGAGGAGGAGUCUGCGUACCAGGGGUAUUAAGCUUUUGAUUCUUGAUGAAUCUGAUGAGAUGCUGAGCAGAGGGUUCAAGGACCAGAUUUAUGAUGUUUACAGAUAUCUUCCACCUGAUCUUCAGGUUUGCUUGGUUUCUGCAACUCUUCCUCACGAGAUUUUGGAGAUGACAUCGAAGUUUAUGACGGAGCCAGUGAAGAUACUUGUGAAGCGUGAUGAGUUGACUCUUGAAGGCAUUAAACAAUUUUUUGUUGCUGUUGAGAAGGAGGAAUGGAAGUUUGAUACACUCUGUGAUCUUUAUGACACGCUUACUAUCACUCAAGCUGUUAUCUUCUGCAACACUAAACGAAAGGUGGAUUGGCUAAGUGAGAAAAUGAGGACUAACAACUUCACAGUCUCAUCAAUGCACGGUGACAUGCCUCAGAAGGAAAGAGACGAAAUCAUGAAUCAGUUCCGGUCAGGCGACAGUCGUGUUUUGAUCACGACAGAUGUAUGGGCACGUGGGAUUGACGUGCAGCAAGUUUCUCUCGUCAUCAAUUAUGAUCUCCCCAACAACCGUGAGCUCUACAUCCAUCGUAUUGGACGAUCUGGUCGUUUCGGGCGCAAGGGUGUUGCGAUCAACUUUGUUAAAAGCGAUGACAUCAAGAUCCUCAGGGACAUUGAGCAGUACUACAGUACCCAGAUUGACGAGAUGCCAAUGAAUGUAGCUGAUCUUAUCUAAAAGACCUUGUCUGAGAUUUUUUUUUUUUUGUGAUGGUCUUUGAGAUUUCAGUGGGAAGCGUCUGGAUAAUAAUAGUAUUAUUGUUCAGAGCUUGGGUAAGAUUAUUGCUCUACCUUUUUGAUGUUUCUUUGUGUUCUUUUGAACAAUUAAACUCAUCUGUGGUAGAUCUUCAAUGUCUUGUGAAGCGAUUUCGGUUAAGAGUUGGGUCUUCUUUUCUUCGUAAUUGGUUUUGACUGUGGCUCAAAUCUCUCAACUAUCAUUACUUGUAAGACUAUGUUCAAGAGUUGAAAUGGUUCAGUGCUUUCUUUUUGUUUAAA